GGCAGCCAGUGUUUGUUUUGAUUAUAAGACGACCGUGAGAAUAAAAGGUUAAUACAAGUCUCCGCCCUCACAGGUGUCAGCUGACUUCUCACUGCACGUGAUCUCCGCCUGCAGUCACAUGACGAGAGAGAUGGCUGCUUGCUGGUUGCUGUUGAUGGUGUUGGUGCCCUCGGCUGUAAGGGCGGAGAGCUCGGAGGUGUCCGUCAUCCUGAACCCGCUCACAGGGAACCUCAGCACCGUGCCCGGGAGGAGGGGGGACGCUGUGGCCUGGGCUGCACUAAAGGAUACCAUCGACGAGAACGGGUGGGCUGUUCUAGAGGUGCAGAGCAAUGACCAAUAUAAUGACAGCAUUCAGGCAUAUGCUGCAGGGGUGGCUGAAGCUGCUGUUUCUCAGCGGCUUAUCUACAUGCACUGGAUGAAUACAAUGUUUGGUUACUGUGGUCCUUAUAAAUACCAAACCCCAUACUGUGAAAAUCUGCGGGACUAUCUAACAACCAAUCUGGCUUGGAUGCAGGAACAAAUGGAGUUGUAUCAAGACCAGGAUUACUGGCAUCAAAUUCGACUUGCAUUGCUUCAGUUGAAAGGCCUAGAAGACAGCUACAAUGAAGUCAUUUCGUUUCCUGGGAAAAAAAUCACACUGAACCCCUUUGGGUUCUUGCUUUUCCAACUUGGUGGAGACCUAGAGGAUCUAGAAGCUGCCAUGAAUAAGUCUGAUGCUAAAAAAACGCUGGGCUCAGGGUCUUGCUCAGCACUCAUCAAACUUCUACCUGGCAAUAAGGAGCUUCUGGUGUCUCAUGUCACCUGGAAUACCUACCAGUCCAUGUUGCGGAUAAUCAAGAAAUAUACCCUGCCCUUUCGUAGAUCCCCAAAUGGGGGCACUGUGGUACCAGGAUCGGUGCAGACAUUCUCAUCUUACCCAGGCACCAUCUUUUCUGGCGAUGAUUUCUACAUUUUAAGCAGUGGUCUGGUGAGUCUGGAGACAACCAUUGGCAAUAGUAAUCCAGAUCUUUGGAAGUAUAUCACUCCAAAAAAUUCUGUUCUUGAGUGGCUACGAAAUAUUGUUGCGAACAGGCUGGCAACAGAAGGGCGUGAGUGGGCUGAUGUUUUCAGCAAGUUUAAUAGUGGAACGUACAACAACCAGUGGAUGGUGGUGGAUUACAACAAAUUCAAAUCGGGUGAAACGGAUGUGCCUAGUGGACUUCUAAUCGUCCUAGAGCAGCUUCCAGGCUUAAUAACUUGGGCCGAUAAAUCCGACCUCCUCUAUCAGAGCACAUACUGGCCCAGCUACAAUGUUCCGUACUUUGGUGAUAUAUUUAAUGCAAGUGGCCAGCCUGAUCUUGUGAAAAAAUUUGGAGACUGGUUCACUUAUUCCAAAACUCCCAGGGCUCAGAUAUUCAGGAGGAAUCACACUCUUGUGGAGGAUCUACCAUCUAUGAUAAGGCUCAUGAGAUACAAUAACUUCCUGAAUGAUCCUCUGUCACUCUGCCCAAGUUGUGAACCAAAGCCAAAUGGAGAGAAUGGCAUUUCUGCCCGUUCUGAUCUCAAUUUAGCCAAUGGUACUUACCCUUUUGGAGCCAUGCGCCAGAGACAGCAUGGUGGCACUGAUAUGAAGGUCACCAGUUAUGAGUUUGCAAAGGAGUAUAUGAUGCUUGCAGUUAAUGGCCCCACAUGGGACCAGGUACCUCCUUUCCAGUGGAGCACUUCUCCGUUCAGUAACCUCAUGCAUAUGGGUCACCCUGACCUCUGGAAGUUUGAUCCUAUCCUUAUUAGAUGGAAAUGAAGUAUUUUCUCAGAUGUGACAAAUGACUGUUUUUCAGCAACCAUUAUAUUCAAGGUUGAACCGCUUGUUUUGCAGAUCUGGCAACAGUCAGUGAAGAUCCAGAGUCACAGAAUCUGCUAAAGUUCAUGCAACUCUGGUAUUCCAGACCCGAUUUACAAUUGAAAGGGAAUUUUUAUAAUUUACGGAUCUGAUUGACUAGGAUAAUCUGUUAAAUGCUGCACUUUUAAAAUUGAUAUUUGUGUGUCCCCCGCAUCGGAAUAUAGCUAUGUAGUAAAAGUACACAAGCUUGCCUACAUGUGAUUAUGGUGGUACAAUGUUCUGCAAUAAUUAACCACUUUGUUAGGGGUAAUUCACACUAGCGGAGUAAUCAGUGACUGACUUCUAAAUGCAGUUUGAUACCAUAGGCUACUUUCACACUGGGGUGUUGUGCCGUCGGUGGUAAAGCGGCACUUUUUUUAGCGGCGCUUUAGUGUCAUUUUUGCAGCGCUAUUCAGCUACUAGUGGGGUGCUUUUAACCUCCACUAGCGGCCUAAAAGGGGUUAAAACCGCCCGCAAAGUGUCGCUGCAGGGGCGGUGUAUACAUUGUUCCUACAGCGCCUCAAAGAUGCGGCUGGCAGGACUUUUUUGAGCGUCCUGCCAGCGCACUGCUCCAGUGUGAAAGG